CGUUCCCAAACAAUUUUAGCCUGAUAUUGAACUGGCAUUGGUAUUUAAACUUUUGCUCUGCGGUGUGUUACAAAUUAUUCAACAUGUCCAGAGACAUUUGCCCAAAGGAAUCAGUGUAUAAUUGGCUAGCAAAGGAUUCCAAGGUUGCAGAGGCUGAAACUGAAAAGCUGCCAAGGUAUGUGUCCAAGUUCAGACCGGCUGUCAUUCGUGAGAGCAAGCUAAACAAACAUGCAAUGAGGACGAUGGGACCGAUAAAAGUGGAACUGCCAUGUCCAGAUAAAUUCCUCAAAAAACAUUCAAAAGAGCCCAAACUGCAUGAAAAUUCCUCAAAAGAUACCCAACAUACCCAGCUGUGCACUGCAAGGAAGCCUUCGGUCCUUACAAUGACUGACCAGCCACCGAGGGGAAUUCAGGCCAAGACGAACUUCAGGAAAGCAUCUGUAGCUGUCCCUACAAAGCCUGAAUGCAGACGAGUUGUCAGCAGUCGGGGACAUUGUCAACUCCUGGAAAACUCUGGACUUGUCCCAAAAUACAUAAUGAAAAAGGAAUAUGGUAAAAUACCUGUGUACCUGCAGAGGCGCAGAGAAGCACAGCAGAGGGCUCAGGAGCAUCAGAGAGUAAUGCAGGAAGAGAAGGAGCGCAGAGCCAUCCGACAUCUGCCAGAUGAGGAGCGACAAACUAUCCUGAAGACCAUGAAGGAGGAGUGGAAAACAACCAUGCAGGAGUACCAGAAACUCCCUUUUCUCAUUGAAAAUCCAUCUGCAAUAAGAUACGAGAAGCAGUUUGGAAAGAGAUUGGAUGAGCUGGAGAAAAAUAUAACGUUUCUUGAGAGCUUCAAAACCAUCAUCAUACUCAAUGAUGAAGUAUCACAAUGCAGUGAACAUCUCCAGGACCUUGCAUUAGAUAGUAAAUGA